AUGGAUCUUAAUCUAAGACUCCCAUUGGCAAUGCUUGUUCUUGUAGGCCUUCUAGUAUACACCACGCCAACCCAUGCGAAUUCUGAAAUUUCUAUCCGACGGACAUAUAUUGUGCGUGUGCGCCCUCCACCAAACUUUUCCCCUGAUAUGAGCUCUUCAAACCUUGAGACAUGGUAUAGAUCAUUCCUCCCACCAUCAUCGAUGAGUGCAUCUAGGCCUCAUACACCAUUCAUCUAUACCUAUAGAGAAGCCAUUCUCGGCUUUGCUGUGAACCUCACGAAAGUUGAGGGUCUAAGGUCCAAUGGAGGAGCUUGGAAUAGCAUAGGAAUGGGUGAGGGAAGCAUCAUAGGUUUACUAGAUACAGGGAUAGACAUGUCACACCCCUCGUUUCAUGAUGAUGGAAUGAAGCCACCGCCAGCAAAGUGGCGCGGGUCUUGUGACUUUGGAGAUGCCAAAUGCAACAAAAAGUUGAUUGGCGGCCGAUCAUUUUCUAGAGGUCAUGUGCCUCCCGUGGAUAAUGUUGGCCAUGGUACACACACUGCAAGCACAGCUGCCGGACAAUUCGUAGAAGGUGCAAGUGUGCUUGGCAAUGGAAAUGGUACCGCGGCUGGCAUGGCCCCACAUGCACACCUUGCUAUGUAUCGAGUGUGCAGCGAAUUCGGAUGUUGGAACUCAGAUAUAGUGGCUGGACUAGAUGCAGCAAUUUCUGAUGGUGUUGACAUAUUGUCUAUAUCACUUGGUGGUCGGUCACGACCAUUCCAUCGAGAACUAAUGGCAACUGGCACAUUUUCUGCCAUGCGGAAAGGGAUAUUUGUCAGUUGUUCUGCUGGAAAUUCAGGUCCAUCAUCUGGCACUCUAAGCAACGAGGAGCCUUGGGUCCUAACGGUUGGUGCGAGUACAAUGGACCGACAGAUGAAAGCUAUUGUCAAGCUAGGUGAUGGCCGCUCAUUCGUUGGUGAGUCAGCCUACCAACCCUCUAACCUUGUUUCUUUGCCACUAGCGUAUACGCUAGAUUCUGGGAAUGUUAAAGGGAAGGUUGUUGCUUGUGAUCUUGAUGGUUCUGGUAGCUCUGGCAUCCGAAUUGGAAAAACUGUCCAGGAAGCCGGCGGUGCUGGGAUGAUAGUAUUUGGAAAACAAGUGAGUGGGCAUAAUACUUUUGCUGAACCACAUGUCCUCCCAGCAUCUUAUGUGAAUCCCAUAGAUGCUGCUGUCAUUAGAGAGUAUGCUAAGAACUCUAGCAGCAAGCCAACAGCCUCAAUUGUCUACGAGGGAACAUCAUUGGGAACGACUCCAGCUCCUGUAGUUGCUUUCUUCUCUUCUCGUGGUCCAAGCACAGCAAGCCCUGGUGUUCUUAAGCCUGACAUCAUUGGACCAGGAGUGAAUGUCAUUGCAGCUUGGCCAUUCAAAGUUGGACCACCAACAACAAGUGCAAACUCUAUGAAGUUCAAUUCCAUUUCUGGAACAUCAAUGUCUGCACCUCACCUCAGUGGAAUCGCAGCUAUUAUCAAGAGUGUUCAUCCAGAUUGGUCACCUGCAGCAAUCAAAUCAGCAAUCAUGACAACAGCCUACACAGUAGAUGGUCUUAUCUAUGACACCGACGAGGAGCAAUAUGUUCUGUACCUAUGCGGGCUUGGCUACACAGAUUCUGAAGUUGAGACAGUCACACAUCAGAAGGAUGCCUGCAGGAAAGGAAGAAAAAUCACCGAAGCUGAGCUGAACUAUCCUUCGAUUGCGGUGAAUGCGAAACUUGGCAAACUUGUGGUGAAUAGGACGGUCACCAAUGUCGGCGAGGCAAGUUCGACCUACACUGUGGACAUUGCUAUGCCGAAGGGAGUAACAGCAUCGAUUUCACCAAAUAAGCUAGAAUUUACCAAGGCGAAAGAGGUGAAAACAUUUGUUGUGAGUUUAAGUUGGGAUGCCAAUGAAAUUAAGCAUGCAGAGGGAAGCUUCACAUGGCUGUUUGGGAAGCAAGCUGUGAGGAGCCCCAUUGUAAUAUUCUAA